AUGGUCUUCAGCACUCGCCUGCUGAAUCUCAGCCGUGGCUAUGCCACCCGGCCUGGCGGUUCUCGUCUUAAGCCUACUCUGAGUCUUGACCAGUUUAUCCAGAGAGCACGAGUCUUGUCCCUCUACCGCACAAUUCUGCGAGGGACAAAGCGAAUUGCAGACCCUGCUACGAGAGCCGAGUCCCGCAAGUACGCUCGUGACGAGUUUGACAGACACCGCGGUGUAUCAGACGCAUCACAAAUCAGAUAUCUGCUGUCGAGAGGAAAGACGGAAUGGGAAGGUAUGGAGAGGUAUAUCGAUGGUAUGUAG